CAACACGACCCAAGGGGUUUCCAAGAUCACCUCCGUAACCAUUGUGGCUCAAGCCAUUUUGGCUCAAGGCCGUUCGGUUUCAAGCCAUUUUGUCUUGAGCCCUGCUGAAGGGGAGGACAGGGGAGAGGUCGGGCCACGACACGACAUGACCAAAUGUCCAAUCCGGUACGACAUCUGUCUCACUUGGACCAUUGAUGCAAAGUCAGCCCUCAUUGCGCUUGCCUUUCUUCGCGCGGCAAGGCCAUCGGCGCAUGACGACAGAUUUAAAUUAGUACACGUGCCUAAAUGUGGAGAACAGUUGUACAUCACAGUUUUGUUUACUCAUUGCGAACGCCUUUUCGGGUCAUGUGCUGGCAACGGGACCAUGUCCGAAUUCAAAUCGAAUCGACCAGAUUGCGACAAAUUUCAUCAUGAAUAUCACUUGGUAAAUUUAGCAAAUUGCCUUUUGCAUAAGGAUAGAGCAGUUCUGGUGGACUGCGACCAGGCAGUAUCCGCAGCGUUCGAUGGAAAAACAUCUAUCUGGAAUCACGAUCCACGGUUUAGGAAAUACGCACCGAUGGGCGUUAUCGUCUCGCGGCGCCCUUUUAGGCGCGCGCUGAGCGCAUUCAAAUUUGGCGGCGGCCAUUUUGGAGCACUGAGGUGGAAACAUUUUGAAACGUGGUGGGAGCAGAAGUAUACAGAGCAGGCGCCGCCGUCUUUCGAACUUCAAGGCUUGAAGUUGUAUUGGAAGGAUAAUUUCACACGGUGCCUCAUGUUCCCAGGGGUGCAAGGUUGCCAGAUGCAGAUGUUGCUUGGCCAUAUUUGUAACGAGCCCGUGCUCUCUUCCAUGAACCAUUCGUUGGCCGUUGAUAUAUUGAUGCGUGAUUUUAAGUAUGUGGGCAUCACGGAUUACAAUGUUUUGAGUGUAGCGCUAUACCACAUAAUGUACGGUCAUGGUUGGACGGUGUCGCCGUGCCCGCAAGAGGCGCCAUCCACGCCAGUUCGCGCAACGACCAAGAUAAUGAGCAUACCCGACCGCAAGCAUUAUUUUCAAGAGUUUAUCUACUCAGCGGCGGUUGGUAUUCUCUUGCGGAAUUCACGCAAAGUUGGUCUGACCUCUGGAGCAGAUCUUUCCGGGAAAUUGGCAGCAGAGGUAUCCGCGCUUUUCGAAGAGAGUGCUUCGACCGAUGCGAUAAUCAGGGGGGCUCCUCCGCCAUGGGUUCGCGGCGCGGACGAUUGAUCGGCCGGCGCAGCUGGGGAUUGCGUGGCCGGCGUCGCGCGAUCUUUGGGCGCGGCGAGGUCCCAGGAGGGAACAACAUGCAGCUUCUGCAAUAGGAGGGGGGGGGGUAUAUCAGGGAGGUUGGAAUCGGAAGCGCUCUAGACCACCUCGGCCAAAGGGCUGGUGGUCUUAUAAAUUAUUCAACCGCUUCGCUCACUCCGCCGGCCCGCAUUGCAUGAUCGCCGCUGCUUCGGCGCGGGCUCGGGGCCAUUUCGGCGCCGCUGGAAGUAGGAAGAUAAUCGCCCGAAGACGGCCCCAGCUCGCCAGAAGCGGCGCGUCCAGACCGCGAGCGAAAACUGCCAAUGACGGCCCGAGAUUGCUUUAGAAGUCGCCGAAUGAGCUCCCGACUGUCUGACAGCCCUCCAGGAUGUCCCAAGAGGCCUCCGAGAUGCCUCCCGAAGAGGUGGACCAGACCAGAAGCUUGCUGGUCUCAAGGCCUUUGGCGGGGGCGGUGGAGCGGCGUCAGGGGUCGAAAGCUGUGAAACAAAAGCGCGUCAGGCCCCUAUAUGCCGCCACGCUGGUUCCGGGCAGGCUGCGCUGUCUGGCGGAAGGGGACGAGGAGGGGGGAAGCAGGCAGACGACGACGAACGCCCAGGCGGGAGGCCAGGGCCGGCGGGGCGGGCGGGCAGGCAGAAGACGGGCCAGGCGGAGACAGGAGGAAAGGAAAGGGAGGGAAGCAACGAGCAGAAGCGAAGGGAGGGGGAGGAGGGGGAGGAGGACAAGGAGGAGAGAAAGCAACGGCCGCAAGCAGACAGCAAGGCAGCAACAGGGAAAAGGGAGAAAGGGGAGAAUCUGAACUCUAGGAGGCCAGCCCGCCGCGGGAAAAAGGGUACAUUCGGGGGGAGAUUUAGGAGGGGGAGGAGGAUAGCCAAACUGGAACAUAUAGUCAUCAUGGACAUUCGCGGCAGCCAGCGCCCCAUCACUGGCUGCAUCCCCCAAAAAGUUGCCGAUGGGACGUAGGCGCACUCCCGGAGCUCGUGCUCCUGGCCGUCCGCCUUCAUCUCGGCGCCCGCGUACACGUAGCCCGGCACGGUCGCGUAGACCACCUCGAUGGGCGGUUUCAACGGUGUCCGUCUUCCUCCCCAACUUCUCCAGGGCGAGCGCGGUGGACUUCGAGAAGCGCGGGUCGGCCACCUCGUCGUCGGGCCGGCCCAUGAUCUUGCCGAAGUCUUCCGUCAACACCUCCGCGCCGACGAUGGACUUCACCACCAUGCCGCCCGACACGCCGGCGGAGAACGCCUGGCCCUGAGGGCCCUGCAGUGCACCGGGACACCGGCAUCACCUCAUGCAUGGCCAUCGCGCCCUUCAUGCCGUUGCCCGGCUGGUAGCGCAGGAUGCCGAAGGGGCGCUUCUUGUAGGUGACGGUGGGGCCCGGACCAAUGGCGGCCGAGGCGUCGAACGCCGCAUCCGCGCCCUUCGGCCCGUAGCGCUCCAGGUACUCCGCGCUCACGCGCGCGGCCACGCGCUCGCCGCGCUGGCAGGCGGGCGUGGGCGAGCCCACGAAGCCGUCGCCCCUGCGGCACAGGGCCACCACCGCGGCCGCCGGCACGCACGUGAGGAUGGGCCGCUGGGGCGCCAUGGCGGGCGCCUCUGGGCGAGGCACCACCGCGGGCGCGCGAGCGCGCCUGGGAGGCACCGGGGGCCGCGUCGAGCCCCGGGUUCCCCCU